AUGAGCGACGCGGUGCUGCAGGAGAACGGCAUGGCGAGGCCCGCCAUGUCGGACCGCGAGAUGCACGUCAUCGCGUCCGUCGAGGAGUGGAACAAGGGCCUUCCGUCGUCCGCCUUGGCGCAUAAAUACGCGCUCAUUGGCCGCUCGCCGGUUUCCUUCUUUCAGGGAACCAAUCACCUCUUCUGGGCUGACCUAAGCGGCGACGAGCGCCUGACUCGUUUCGGCAACAGUCGCACGGUGACGUGGAUCGUCGGCGACUGCUCCACGUCGUCGUUCACAGCGUCGGGCAGCGACAGCGAGGGCCCCAUGUACGGAUUGUCGCUCACCGACGAAUCCGUGAUCGCAGACUACCAGUACGACGUCUGGCGACUCGCGACGAGCAUCGUGCUGCUCGCACGGGAGAAUAUCGCGGCGGCGGGGUCGGGGACAGCGGCCGCUUCCGCCGCUGGCGGAGCUGCGGGAGGCGGAGGCGGAAGCGGAGGCGGGGGAGCGGCGGAAGAGUCGAUCUUGCGCGCGGUGGUGUUGGCCUUUGCGCGGAAGUACCUGAAGACGAUAAUGGGGUUCAAGCAGGGGGAGGUGAAGGGCGGAGGGGGCGGGGAAGGCGGAGCGGAGGGGGCGAACGCGCGGAAGCUGUCGCAGGUGCUGCUGAUGUCCGGGGGGAACAUGAAAGGGCGGCUGGUGCGGUUCCUGGCGAUAGUGGAGAGAGAAUACAGCAGGCGACGGCUGCUGAAGAAAUGGUGCGUGGAGGAGGGUGGGCGGCGGGCGUUUCAGGAGCAGCUGGGGCGGCUGCAGGCGUGCCCCAAGUUCGAGGAGGACGCCGUCGUGGCGGCGCUCGCCUCGUAUGCGGAUGGAGUCAACGUGAAGGGGCUCGCCCGCAGCAUGCACGCUGAUCCUGCUUCAUGCGGGGUUCCAAGAUACAUGGCACUAACGGAAACGAGCACUGGCGAGUUACACGUGCUGGACGUGCGCAUGCAGCAGCGUCCCACGGCGUACCACUUCAUGAACCCCGACGAGCGCCGCGCGUACCGCCACCGCUUCCCCCACGAGACUGACCGGUUUCUUGAGGCCAGCGCUGCUCUGUGCUCUUUGCAUGACAGCAGCAGCAUUGGGUGGAUGGAGCUGCAGGAGGGCGUGCAUCCGAGUGCGGCGGGGCGGUAUUCAGUGAGAGACGUGUCACCAUACGAGGAGGAGUACCCGGCCGCAGUUUCUGCAGAUGUCAAGUCGAAACUCAAGGGGUUUGCUCUCACCACUCAGGUGGGUUUGAGUGAACACCACGUGGGUGCCAUGAUUUCCGUGGCAGCAGCACAGGUGUUUUGA